CGCAAGGUGACUGCUCCGCCAGAUCAAAAUGAACAAAUCAUCAUAUUCCAGCAGGCUGAGAAGCGCAAAGAAGGAAUCUUUGGAAAACAGAGUCUCUCGACCAUCAACAGAAAGGAGGACAAAAGCUCCUGCUGCGGCCAAAAAGAAGCGCUGGGUGCGGGAAAAAACGGCAGUUACCCUGUAUAGAGGAUUAUUUGUACAAAGACCAGCUGUGGUGGAUUUGAGGUCUGAGCUGGAGAAGCGUGACGCAGAGAUCGAGGCGCUGAAGCAGCAGCUGCGUGUGUGCCGGGCAGAGUUCGAUGCCCUUCGGAGGGAAUUGCGAGUCAGCACAGAGGCACACGCAGAUCUACAAGCCACACACAGAGUACUUGUUAAGACCCACUCUACUGUGUCUUCAGCCACAGCGUCCACAACCAGCCAAAACCAAGAAAACCAAGACCAAAACCACCCCGAUCUUCCCUUUACUCCUCCCACUGCGGAGCUUCUCGACUCGCUGGUGAUUCAGAGUGGAGGGCGGCCAGACCGGCUUGGCUGCUUGUUGUUCCGCACUGUGGUAACGCAGGAUGUCUAUGAAAACUGGACAUUCACAACAAACUGGGAUGGUUCCAGAGGCAAACGUGGAUUGCCAGUGAACUUAAGACAAUUUCUGAUGGUGACAGUGGCCCAGAAGUUUCCCUUCCUGACUAGCAGUGACAGGAAGCGGGUCAAGGACAGAGUCAACGAGUUUCUCCGCUCGCCGAGGAACACUGUGGCUCACAGGCGUUUACACUAUUAAAUCCUGUUUUUGCUCUAUAUCAUUUGUUUAUUUCAUUUGUUUUCAUGUUUAAAUUUUUACAUAGUUUGU